AUGCUUUACUUUUGUCUGCCAGAACCGGAUCAGGCAGAGGGAGUCGGUCGACGCCAACGCCGUCGCAGACCAGGCCCGGUCGCCUCAGACCGAGGCUCCCACGAAACGUCGACUUCAGCCACUCUGCUUCGGGAGACGAAAGAGGAGCAGGCGCAGAAGGAGGAGUGGAAGGAGCAGAGAGAGGAGGAGGUGGUGGUGCAGGAGGAGGAGGAGGAGAAGGCUGAUGAUGAUGAUGAUGAUGAUGAUGAUGAGGCGCAGGAGAAGAAGGUAAAAGAAGGAUUGCCCGGCGUCGGAAGGAAGACGAACAACAUUCGAAGGCAGCCGGACUCUUGUCUCCGAGGCCAGGUGACGGCGGUAGCAACCAGCUCGGCAAGCCGACCAUCGGCCAGAUGGAGGCAGAAUCGGCGCCAAGCCCGUCUGGAUGACAAGUCUCGGAUGGUGGCGCCUCGGAGGCGAGGACGGGCGGGCGACGCAGAAGCAGAAGCAGAGGCAGGCGUGGACUUGGACGAGAAGAUAAGAGAAGAGAAGAAGACAACAAAAAGGGAGAGCAAAAAAAGAGAGAGCAAAACGGCACAAAAUGAGGAGGAGGAGGAGGAGAAGGAUGAGAAGAAGACGGAGGAGGGUGACGACGAUGAUGACGACGACGACGACGAUGACGACGAGGAUGCGGAAGAGGGCAGUGAGUGUCCAAGUCUUUUUUCGCCUGACGACAGCGGUAGAUGA